CCUCCAUUGUUUUCACAACAACCUGGUGAUAUGGGCAGUGCUGGUCUCACAUGACACCUGAAGACACCAGGGCUCUGGGAAAUUUCUGGCCCCGUGUCACCAAGUUAGGAAAAGGCAGCGGUGGGACUCAAACUGGGGCCCAAUGAUCCCAAACCCCUGGGGGGGGGGGGAGAGAGCAGAAGGGGGGUGUUUGCAGGUGCUCUUCCUGCUCCCCUGAGACCCGCUCAGGCAGAUGCCUCUUAUAAACAGGCAGGCACCCGUUUGUGAAACCAGAUGAGGGGCGGCUGGAGGGGUCAGGCUGUGGAGAAGCGUUUGGCUCCCUGCUUCCCCUCUGCCCACGCCCCUUACUGCUUCUUCUAUGCAGAAAAGCAGGUUUCUUGCCCUGAGCUGGACAUCAACUAUCCCCAGCUUAGCCUUGGCAGGGACCAAUGCAAAGCAAACAGCAGGUGUCAGGCCAGUGGAGAUGCUGCCAGUGUUUGUGGGAUGGCGUCUCAUAUCACCCAUGUCUUCUGAGGUAGGUGGGGAUGAGGAGAAGCAGCCUGAUGCCCAGAUGUGGCGGCGCCUGCGGGAGGUUGAAAAGGAGCAUCUGAGUUGACAUGUUCUAUGAGUGAACUCGUCAGACAAAAUCUUUUCUCUGCUGGGUUUGAUAGGCUAGUGAACCAUAAUAAAAUAAAUACGCAUGAAUAUUCUGUGCAGUGUUGGAGACGAGAGUCCUGGAGAAAAAAGAAAACGGAAAGGGCAUAAGGAGUAUUGGGGUGCAGGGGGACGGCGGGCAGGGAGAAGUGUUGCCGUUUCUACCUGGGACCGUCAAUGAGGGCACCACCCAGAGGGCAGCAGAUGAAUGAAGAAAUGUGCCAGUGCUGGAAGGAGCCACGGUGCUAUCAGGGAAGAACGUUGAAACCCGAGGAGACAGCAACGCAAAACUGGAGCAUCUCUGGGAGAGAGACGUGGUCUUAGGAUACACCUGCUGAGCUGACUCGUUGGAGAAAGAGGGGUCUCAUGAUAUGCUUGCUGGUUCAUCGGGUCUGUCCCCACCCCUCAGCUGGGCUGUGAAAAGCCCUGUCUCCCAGCCGUCCUCAGAAGCCCUCCUGCGAGGCCCUGAAGAUGAGCCGGCUCUGCCUCUCUGCAGCCCUCCUCCUCCUCCUGGGCGCCCUGGUGGCCAGCACCCCAGGGGAUGAAGAGAGCAGCCUGGUCCGAGCCGGGCCACCUGCCUUCUGCCGGGAGCCUCCCUACACGGGUCCCUGCAGGGCCCAUUUCAUCAGGUACUUCUACAACGCCACCACCGGGCUCUGCCAGACCUUUGUCUACGGUGGGUGCCGAGGCAAGCAGAACAACUUCAUGGAUGAGAAGGAAUGCCUCCAUACCUGCGAUAGCUGUGCCAAGGCCCAGGGAAAACGGGGUAACUGUGCUUCCUGAGAUGCUGAAGUCCCACGAGGCCCCACAGGGCUGGGCUGCGGCUGCCUUCCAAAUGGGUUGAGCCUCCUCCUCUGGCCCCCUCUCAAACCCACCCUCCUCAACAGAACCCUGCCUCUUUCCUCCCCCCCACAUCCACCAUCACUGUGCUCCUUGGAGGUGAACACAAUGGCAUUUCUCGCAUCCCAUUCUGAGUGGCCGUGGUGGCUGAGGCCUUUUCCCUAAAAAUGUCCCUUUCCCUGCACUGAUGUUGCAUAUUUCUCUGUCAGUGGCUUCAACCUCUGGCCUUCUAUCUAAUAAAUUCAUUUUCUGAUUGAA